GGUUCAUUCUGACCAGUAGCAGUCAUGCCGGGCCAUGCAGGCGAUCCAUCUCAAUUCUCCAAAGAUCAAUUGAAAAGUGUGUUAAUUUCACAUAAUGUGCUAUUGCCUCAGGGCGAUCACAGGAAAGCAGUCUAUUUGCAGCUCUACCUUAAGCACAUUCUCCCCAAAGACAAAGAAGCUGCUGACUUUUCAAGCGAUGAUGAGGAUAUGUUGUCGGAGAAUGAUCUUCUGCCUGUUGGAAGCCACAGGGAAAACGGAAGAGACAAGAUGGCUGUUAAAAACUUAAGCAACACUGAACUCAAGGAACAGCUGCUCAAACAUGGGGUCAACCCGGGACCCAUAUUACCCAGUACAAGGAGUGUGUAUGAAAAGAAGCUGCAGCAACUACUGGAAGAGGUACAAUUCCAAGAAAACGGUGCAGGCCAUGAGGAUCAGUAUUCAGACAGUGAAGAUGAAGGUUUUCAACUGAAGAACCAGGUGGAAAUGAGACCUGAGGUGAAUGAAGAUAGGAGUGAUGGGGCAGUUAAUGGAAUGAACAACUACAGCCAAGGAGAAGUUUUCACAGUGAAUGUUCCAGUUCCUCGACGAUCUUCCUUAUCAAGUGGCUCAACAAGGCGCCCCCCUGCAGGCCAAUAUACACAUAUCCCAGCAUGUCUUGCAGCUGAAUUUAACCAGAACCUUGCAACACUAGGAGACGAUUUCAGCGUUACAAAAAUGUUAAAGCAGAUGGAGCGAAGGCAUUCUGUGGGCCAGACUGCAUGUUACAGAAAUGGACAGGAUGGCAAAAAUAUGACAUCCAGAAACCAGGAUAAAGUGACUGCAGACAAGAACACAAUGACCUACAGAUCCACAGCGAACACACCCAAGGCUUGUGUGUUUAUGAAGCAGAACAGACUCCAGCCAGAGGAUGCUUCACUUGAUGACUUUUCUGAUCUGCUGUCCCAGUCUGCCCUUGGAAUGAGUGCAACCCGCAGGAAACCAAUAAAGGGCGCAGCUGGUCGUCCCAUUCAGUUCCGAUAUGAUGAUAUUGUUACCAGAGCCAGGAUGCAGGAGCAGACCAAGGACAUGGUGACUGAAACAAAAGCGCAGCGCUUGAUCCCUGUGCCUGUUAAGAUUGCCAUCUUUAUUUUUGUAGUUUUCAUUGCCCUGGUCAUUCUUAGUAUGGAGAACAGCCCAGAGAAUCCCUUCAAACCCCUAACAGAAGGAGAUGCUGAAUUUCAGCAACCUUAGUGGAGAACAUACAAUAAUGUAAUAUCUUUAUAAGCCCCUUUCUGUCUGAACAAAUGGAGCAUCUUUUAUAAAUCACCCUAAUGUGCAAUGCAUGUUCCUUGUAAUGUAAUUUUCAUGUAUAAUGGGUACGGUGAGUGGUUCUUCAUGAUUAUGAGUAUUGAAGUUGCUACAAUACACUGUUCUCAUUUGCAGAACACUAAUAGUUGAACCUACUUAAUCAUCACUACAAAGUGUAUUUUAGUUAUUUUCUUUGCUUUAAGUUGGCCAUAGAUGCUGCUAUUAAGAAUGUGGUUCUCCUUAAAUUGCACAAUAAUGGUAAGUGGGUUCCCAAACCUCGGCAAUCGCCCUUAAAAUAUUAUAAGAGAAUUCUAGGGAGUGUUACAAGAUGGUGAGUACGGCCUACCUCUCUUAAGCUAGACAUGCUUAGCGGUCUAGCUACCUAUUAUUAAGCACUGUUACUUUUGCAUAACUCUUCUCAUAUAUAUUACCAGUUGUCCAAAGUCCAUAUAAAUCUGUUCCUCUUGAGUACACAUUUAAAGAGAGAAAUCACUAAUAGUUUUGUUUUAAAGUUGGCCUACUUAAAACGUUUAUGGAAGUGUUUAAAUGGUCCUUGUCCCUAACAUGUAUGCUUACUGGAUUUAGUAGUGGGACUUCCACCCUCCCACUCUUAUGUCCUGUUUUCUUUAGAUUGUGUGUGUACAAAUCUGGUGAUCUCAUUUGGUCACGGAGAUUGAAAACUUCAACAAAAAAAGCAAUUAUUGCUGAAAGCCUUAAUCCCUUAAUCCAAAUCUACUGUAGCUGGCUGAUGGUAUAUCUGCCACAUGAUGUUCUUCAGGGGCUGCAUUAACAAAUCUAUCUGUUAAGUCCAGUACCAUUUUUGUUUCUACAAUUUUUGGAAAUAUGUACUGUUAUACACUGUUUUUGGUGACUGGCUUUGUUGGACCAUUUAUCUGUCUCAUUUAACAGUUUAGGUUUGUUUUGUAAGUGUUAAGUUAUUUUAUUCAGUGUUUAAAUAAAGUAUGUGUUUAUUUUC